AGCGCCAAUUGAAGUCGACCCGGUCGACCGCGCGACGAAGCGUGCUUUGCGACUCGGAGCGCGGUUCACUCCGAUUCAGUGCGGCGAAGUUGGCCGAUAAGCGUGCGUGUGCGCGUCCUGCACUCGCGAAGUUGGAGAUCUAAAAGACGUUCGGCCGAAAAGCGUAGAAUUGUGGCGCGUGUAGUUCACAUUUCUACUAAAUUUUCUGAAUCCCGGCUGAUCCCAGUCUCGAUUAUCAAGAUUCUGCGACACACGUUCCGCGCGAUCAGGAGGAUGACGACGGCGGUUGACAAGGAAGAAGCGCGGAAGCGCCUGACGCCGCUGCAGUGGCAUGUGACGCAAGAGAAGGGCACGGAGAGGCCGUUUACCGGUUGCUACAACAAGUUCUACGAAAAGGGAACGUACACCUGCGUUGUGUGCGACCAAGAACUGUUCUCUUCGGACACCAAAUACGACAGCGGAUGCGGUUGGCCUGCAUUCAACGAGGUUUUGGAUCAAGGACGCAUCAAACUGACCAAAGACACCUCUCAUGUCGGCGGCAAUCUACUACUGCUGAUCGCAAACCCAGAUAUGGUGCGGACCGAGGUGACCUGUUCGAAAUGUGAUGCACACUUGGGGCAUGUGUUCAACGAUGGGCCGAAGCCUACGAGGAAGCGUUUCUGCAUCAACUCCGCCUCCAUAAGCUUCCACUCGGUGGGAGAGGAGAAAUCUACGUAAAAUCAGCAUGCGCGUUUAUCACAUUCUAUAUUUUACUAUAUAAUAUUUAUACGAGAGUUGUGUCUCGUGUUAUA